GAAUGAUCGACCGCGCCCCCCUUGUUUGUAGAAAUUUCAGGCGCCUUAUCUAUACUGACGUAAAACGAAAAUAAAUAAAUAUUCCGUUUUUUUUUUAUCAAAAUUUUUACCUAAAUCAGUCAGUCUAGAUAAUUUGUAACAGCCCAGCCUUAAAAAAUUAAUGGCAAUAGGUAUGUCUAGAGACUAGUGAGAUGAAACAAUAUCGCAUCAUAGAAGACAACGGAGAAGAGAACAAUUUUCUUUGCUUCUGUGAAUACGUAAAUCUAAAGAGGCAAAGGAGCCAUCUCCUUGGGUGCUGCUGCGACUGCGAGCAUGUUGACGAAUAUUUUGACCGGAAACUGACCAGACAAGCGCAACCGAACGACAUCCACCUUAACAUGUACCGAGUCCUUCAAGACCGAUGUAGAAUUCCGUGGAAGGGUGGCGCACGUCCUGUGCCCUUGGACUUCAUCCUGCCAGUUUUCCUACUGCCUCUGCUUGGUCUCUUCGCAUCUCUCAGCGUUUGGUGCACAGUUGCUGUGGCUCUCAUAAUUCCGUUCCUGAUUUUCUACUCCAAAAAGUUCUACCAACAAUAUUUCCCACUUAACAAAUUUUUUCUAUCCUGGUCGUUGACCUCUGCUGUUUGUAUGUUUUUCGUUUUUGAACUUAUGAUCAUUCCUCGACUGGAGAUUUUGCCCUCGGAAAACUUUCUUUUGAUCGUUGCAUUAGCAACAGGAUUAGUUUUCCUUGUCAAAACUCGACUCGCUACCGUCAGUGUCAACCAGGAGAAUGAUGAAAAAGUUAGCCAAAAAGGAUGUCCGAUUGAACUGAUGCACUGCAAUAUCUGCGACCACUACGUACUUGGAGGAGAAUAUCACUGCUAUUGGUUGGAUUGCUGCAUUGGAAGCAAAAAUAUCAGACCGUUCAUCACUGGAAUGUUUUUCAUCUCGGCUGCUUUGAUCAUCAACUCCUAUUUAGUUCUUACUACAGCCUGUCACCCUUUUAUGUUUUACAAUUUUAUUUUAGUCCCAGAUGACUGCAGUGAUGUAUAUUACGACUACAACAUCGCCAUCUGCUUUGUGAGUGGUGUCUACAGCCUCAUCUUGGCAAUAAUUAUUUUUGCUGCGUUUCUACGGCAAAUCUAUUUGAGAGCACUUGGAUACACAAAUUACGAGUGGUCGCAGCUUCCCUCCAGUGAAAAAAGCUACAUCUGUACAAAAAAUAGAACGAAGGGUAAAAUGCAAAAUAUGCAUGUGUGAACCUAGUUUUUGUAGUUCAUAUUGAUCACUUUUGCAAUUGACGCUUUCUCUGUUUGGAGUUAAAAGUAGCACAGUUGAUAGAAUUGUUGAAUUGGGAUUUCUGUUUAUAAAUUUAUGUUAUGUCAAUACUAGUGAGAGCUGUGAUUUCCAAAAUUGAAAAAAAUUCCUUCUGUUAAGUUCCAAGAACCUAAUUAAUAAUGACUUUAAAAUUCUGUACAUUAUUUAUUGUGCCUUUUCUAAUAAUUCAUAAUCUAGGAAAAUAUUAAAAUUCGAUCUAAUUACAAAGAUUUAAUUUAAUAAAACAUGAACAAAGUGAAGUAAAUUAUCAAUCUGUAUAAAGAAAUU